AUGGGAGAAGUAGAAUGUGAAAAAUCAAUUAAGCAUAUAAUAGAAAUAAAUUGUUUAUCAGAAAAAAACAGUAAUAUUUUAUAUAAAUGUUUAUUAAGUGAUGAUUCACUAAAACAAAACGAAAUGUUUACACGUGCAAAUGUAUCUGGAAGUAUAUUAAAAAUAGAGUUACAAAGUAAUACUUGUGAAGAUAUAAGAUAUAAGGCAAAAAAUAUAUACGAUUAUUUACAUUUCUUUUUUAAAACUGUAGAGACCUUUGCUUAA